GUCCUUUCCUGUCCCAGUCUCCCCCGGGUAACGUUCGGGAGCGUCCCAGCUGGGUUUGUGUGAACUGUGUAGCCACUCUGGCCUAGAAUUUGCACUAGUCGUCUCCCUCCCGCGGGCUUAGUUGUUGGGAUGAUGGGUAGGCCUCCAUUGACUCCCGAGUCUUCGGUGCGGCCGACGAUGAACGCGAGCCUUUGUAUUUUAAGGUGCAGGCAGUUGGUUACGCUCAUCCUCAGCUACUUCCUGAGUUCAGAGUAGCCUGAGCUCUGGGAGCCACGUUCUUCAAAGCUCGGAGCGUGUCGAGCCUCCACGUGGACCCCCUUACGGAGGCCUGGCGUCGCCAUCUUGCCUUCUGGCGAGGCGCCUGUGCGUCACGCGUGGUCAUGGACGGAGGCGCGACGCCGCUGCCCGCACCCAAGAUGGCGGCCGCAGGGGGCGUGGCCAGCGAUGGAGUCUCCGCGCGCUAUGGCGGCGGCCGUGGAUUCCGCUUGGGAAGACGAGGAGGACGAGGAGGAGGAAGAGGAGAUAGAGGAGGUUGAGCAGUUCGUUCUGGUAGAAUUGUCAGGAAUUAUUGAUUCAGACUUUCUCUCCAAAUGUGAAAAUAAAUGCAAGAUUUUGGGAAUUGACACAGAGAGGCCUAUCCUGCAAGUGGACAGCUAUGUGUUUGCUGGGGAAUAUGAAGAUACUCUAGGGACCUGUGUUAUAUUUGAAGAAGGUGUUGAACGGGUGGAUCCAGAAGGGAAUGAUAAGACGGUGCUGAAGUACAAAUGCCACACGAUGAAGAAGCUCAGCAUGACGAGGACUCUUCUGACCGAGAAGAAAGAAGGGGAGGAGGACAUAGAUGGCGUAGAAUGGCUGCAGAUGAAGGACAAUGAUUUCUCCUAUAGACCCAACAUGAUUUGCAGCUUUGUCCAUGAACAUGAAGAUGAGGCUGCAGGGCCAGCCUCUGAUAAACCUGUGGAGUUGGAAGAUCAAGAGAAUCAGAUGAAAGGCAGUACAGAGCAGACACCCGAGCAGGAGAAGGCGCAGCACUCAGAAGUGGGGGAUCCUGGCCCUCCAGUGGAUACCCCUUCUGAGAUGGGAAGUUCUGUUUUCAUGGGAACUCAAGAUGGAAAUGUUUCUCAAAACAACCAGUCAUGAACUUUCAAGACGUGAUCUUGUAUACAAUUACUGCUUAGCUGUGUCUGGCUCACCAUUCCAUGUUGUUAUGACAGUAGGCGUUUCCAAGUACAACACAGUUUAGUAUA